UAUUCACUGGAUAAAAGUCGUUUCUGGUUUGGUUCUGCAUUGAAACAUUCAACAUGUGAAACCCAGAGACUUAUUAAGGUCAGUCUUGUGAAGAGGAAGGAUUUGCACCUUUAAGGGCUUCAAGCCAAAUCCCUCACACAAGGCGGUCCGUUGGAAUGCAGUUCCACUCAUGCACAUAACGUCCGUUGACAGCAUACCUGACCUCCUGAGGGAUAGUGCUCUUUAUUUCAUCCCCGAGCGCUGCAACAAGCAGAAAACAUGAAGCCCAAAUCUCUUCCAUCAGCGCUGUUUGACAGAAAUUCAGCAGCAGCGGAGACCCUGAACGUACAAGCGGCGAAGUAUCAGCGGCAUGUGGACUGUCCAGAUCACCAGGAGAGUGUGCAGCAGUCAGGACGCAGUGACAGCCAGCCAGCGGCGGGCAACAGCAGACAACAUGAGAAGUGCCACAGAGAAAUUCAUUUUGCCUUUCUGCCAGGGAGGUACGAGCCCCUCAUAGAUGAUGAAGCACAAGUCAAGUUAAAAGAAGAGAAGAAGAAAAGGAAGAAAGACCAAUACAAAAAAGUGAAGAAGAAUGUUGGUAAGGCACUUCGCGUCACCUGGAAGUGUCUAAUGCUCGGUCUGUACAAUUUUGCCCUCGGCUACUCCACUCCAAUCACAGUGGCUGCUACUUUCGUCCCGGACUUCCACCCAGGCAGAAACACAACCUGAGCUGCGCCACCUGCGGCUCAAACAAACAACAGCGAACCCACGGACACUGACCAAAGACUUUUAAUAUGUUUAUAAUGUCUGUGUAUUUGAAAUUACAUUUUUAUGUUCUGACUGUUUGUUCAAUAAACCUUUUUGACAGAGUAAAGAAGGAAAAACUUAGAUGACUGCGCUCCAAUCAACUGUCCCAGCCUUCAGUAAUUUCUUUACUUUUACUAAUAUGACAUGUUGAUCCAUCAUAAGAUCCAGAUUUGCAGAAAUAAAGACGGUUAAGAUUAUAAAAUUAGAGACAGAGUCUGUAAAAUUGCUUUCUUUUUAUACUGCACGUACUCCUGUAGUCUGAAUCACAUAUUGCUCAAGCCCUUAUUAAUCCCUUGUUUACUGAAAAACUGAUGUGCCUUUUAUUGAUCAAGCUGGUGUUUGCAUGUGCGCAGAAGGUUAAUGAUAAUGUGCAACCUGCGGCAGGUCGGGAACAUUUACUGUACCUGCAGAUAAAGAGAAUCAGGACAGAUACUUGCUACAGGCAGCAACGAGUGAACAGGGAAGUGAUCAUUGUUGGCAUAACACAAGUAAAUUAAGGCUGAAGGGAUGUGGACGCGUAAGCUGAGAAAGCAGGUCACCCACCUCAUCUCAGAGAGGAGCAACUGGACUGCUGAUCUGAGAAGCAUUUGUAAGAGGAUGCUCACAUUGGAGGUUCAUGGUCUGACUCUGACUGUUUAUGUGUUUGUUCUGUUUUUAAAGUUUGGCAAAUCAUGACAUUUGUUGGUGUGUCAUAAUAAACUGUGCACAAAAAAUG